AUGCCGUCAGACAACUACAAUUUUGCCGAAGUCUUUCAAUCUCUUUUCGUCUCAAAACAGAAGCCAGCCCCAGAAGCUAUCGCCGACACUAUGAAGGCCGUCAUCCAGAGCUAUCCUCCACUCGGCCAGUAUACGCAGGUCUCGAAUGGAAGUCUUCCUGUCACCGUAGUCCUAGAGAUCCCUGCUUCUCGCGCGGGUGAAUCUUGGGAAGUUGCUGUAUGGCACUCAAGUGACGGAGCCGAUUGGAGUGAAACUGCUCUUGCCCGCAUCUCCGAUGAAGACACUCCGACGACCUUGCAGGCGGUCCCGGAUAACGUCCGGCGGUUCUUUUAUUCCGCUUCUGUUUCUUUCAAAACAUCGUAUCAGUUCACUCUCAAGUUCCGACACUCGUCGGACGAGCCAUGGAGAUGGACUCGUGACGAGCUGGGAGUUGGUGAUGGCACUGUGGUCCUCAACGCGAGACCCGUUCUUGAGACUGUUUCCGAAAGCAUUGAUGACGUCGUGUCUGGCCUGAACCCUGCAUGGAAAGUGAAGCCAAUGAUGAGCCAAUGCCCCGGAACUCGGCUUUGGUCACUUGAAGCUGCCAUAGAUGCCGUGGAUGGAGAUGAGUCGAAACUUGCCGAUAUAUCGAUAGGAGUACCUUGGGGAGGGUUUCUAAGGUGGUUUGCUCUUAUCCGUAUUUGGACGCCCUGGCUGGCUCCUCGCCACGGAAAGAACACGUUUCACCUCGAUAAAGAUGGCGUCCUCUGCUCAUUCCUGAGUCCAGAAGGCAAGCAUCUUGUUUUCCUCGCCGUCAGUGGAGGCAACCAUGUUCUGCCUGUAUUCCGCCACGGCGAAUCUGGGCAACUGUCUGUUCACGCUCGUAAUGAUAGCACAAAAUCAGAACCUGCUACCAUCCUGAUUGGAACAGGAGACAACUUCGAGAGCGCAAAUGCUUGUGUCAUGUAUCAAGCUAGACAGUAUAUCCUUCAGGAGAAGAAGGCGAGUGGCGAGCUGUUGGCUGAGAUGAAGGCGAUCGAGGAGGGCGUUAAACCAGAGUGGAUGGAGAACUGGUACGAUGGACUCGGUUACUGCACUUGGAAUGCUCUCGGGCAGCGUCUCACAGACGAAAAGGUCUUUGAUGCAGUCGACAAGCUGGCCGAGAACGAUAUCAGAGUCUCCAGCCUCAUCAUUGACGACAACUGGCAAACAAUUGACUACAGAGGACAUGGCCAGUUUCAGCAUGGUUGGUGCGAGUUCGAAGCCGAGCCUAAAGCUUUCCCCCAAGGCCUGAAGGCCACCGUGGCACACAUUCGACAGAAACAUCCGCACAUCCAGCACAUUGCCGUCUGGCAUGCCCUUCUGGGUUAUUGGGCGGGUGUUUCACCGGACGGAAAGAUCGCCAAAGAGUACCAGACGAUAGAGGUUAUACGGGAGGAUGCCGAACGACGCAACCUGCCCCUCGGAGGUAAGAUGACUGUGGUCGACAAAGACGACGUUGACAGGUUCUACAACGACUUUUACAAAUUCCUUGUCGACUGUGGCAUCGACGGCGUGAAGACGGACGCCCAAUUCAUGACAGAUACCUGGGUCUCGGCCAGCGCCCGCCGUGAACUCAUCGAUGCUUACCUCGACGCCUGGACUAUAUCAUCUCUCCGGCACUUCAGCAUCAAGACCAUCUCCUGCAUGUCGCAGACGCCGCAGAUUAUGUUUUACAACCAGAUGCCCCGGAACAGGCCCGCGAUCCUGUGCCGCAACUCGGAUGACUUCUUCCCCGAAAUCCCGGCUUCCCACCCCUGGCACGUCUGGACGAACGCUCACAACAGCUUGUUCACACAGCAUCUCAACAUCCUGCCCGAUUGGGACAUGUUCCAGACCGUCCACGACUACUCUGGCUUCCACGCCGCGGCGCGUUGCGUCAGCGGAGGGCCCAUUUACAUCACCGACGUCCCUGGGCAGUACGACCUGGAUCUCAUCAAGCAGAUGACGGGUCCCACGAUCCGCGGCAAGACCGUCAUCUUCCGACCCAGCGUGGUCGGGAAGACCAUCGACCCGUAUACGGGCUACGACGACGACGGUCUGCUCAAGAUCGGCAGCUACCACGGCGCCGCCGUGACGGGCACCCCGAUCCUCGGCGUCUUCAACAUCUCUGCUCGGCCCCUGACGGAGAUCAUCCCGCUCGCCGCCGCCUUCUCCGGCGUCCUGCCCUCCAUGCGCUACGUCAUCCGGGCGCACUCGUCGGGAAAAGUCAGCGAGCCCGUGUCCUCCGGCUCGGCCGCGUCCUCCCUCACGGUGUCGCUCGACGUGCGCGGAUACGACAUCUUCACCGCCUACCCGCUCUCUGGGUUUAAUAGCGAGACCAGGGGCAAGGUGUGGACCGCCAACCUGGGCCUGGUGGGCAAGAUGACUGGUGCGGCGGCCAUACUCAACAGCGACUUUCUGUUGCGGCACGAUGGAAAGGUGGAGCUCAAGACUCGUCUCAAGGCGCUCGGCGUUCUCGGUCUUUAUAUCUCGAAGCUGCCAGAAUUGACGAUAGAGGAUGAUUUCCUCGUCAGCAUCCAGAACUCUGUGAUUCCGGUCCACACGGUAUCGCUCAGCAAGAGCCACGACUUCGUCUUGGAGAUUGAUGUCGAAAAGGCGUGGCAGGAGAUGGGGCUACACCCUGGUUGGGGCAACGAGGUCGAGAUGACGGUUGUUUUUGCCAUUGAUCACGAGGAGGCAGAGGAGGUAUAG